AUGCGAUUGCUAUUAUUAUCAACUGGACCCUCAGUCGAACGCAUCAGACUGUGUCCGGAGAAGCUAGAAGCUAGUGUCUGGCAACUCAAUGAUUCCGACCAACCGAUAAGAAGACAGACCGAGCCGUUGUCACCGCCGAGGAGAAGAAAAAACACGGCGGCCGAAUCUGCCGCCUCCCCUGGUUCCGAGGAAGGUGGUGCCAGCGAACCAUCGGCUUCGCCCUCACUCGCUCCUGAGGCCUUGCCCCCCUCCAUUGGGAGGGAGCCCGCUCCAUCUCCCACCGAAGCUGCCACUCUCUGGGACCCAGUUGACCCACUGGGUCUAUUCGACGAGCUGGAGGGACCGUUGCACUGGCCAUCCCAAGGGCUGUUUGCAUGA